AUGGUUGCCGGCAUCCUGUCGCUCUCGCGCAUAUUCACCCGCCGCGAUGGCGCCCGCUCGGCCGACGCUCGGGACCGCACCGAAUUCUUCGGCUCCCAGGUCGGCGACGAGUCUGUCAUCAACUACUGCUACACCGACAUGCCCUGGAAGCUCAUGGCCUGGGAUAUGAGGUACUUCUUCACCUUCGUCUGGUUUCUGCCCUGGAUCGUCUGGCCGCUUCGCCCCUGCGACGGUGGCCAUUUUGACGAACUCUCGCUCAGCGGGAAGAACAUACUGUGCAUGGCCGUCCACGCCAUCCUCUUCGUCCUUCAGUCGAUUUUCAUCCUAACCCUGCCCCUCGCUUUCCUCUUCCCCGUCUGGGUGGUUGUGUUCGGCACGGCCGUCUUCUUCUCCGUAAACUGGUUGUUGUGUCUCCUGCUGAACGGGAACACCAUCACUUUCACCUCGGACCCGAAAUAUGCGCCUGCCCUAGAGGAGCAUGCGGGCGAGCAGUGGAUAUUCCUGAAUGGUGUUGCCGUUGGGGAGACCUGGCUCAGGAGCAAUAUCAAUCGGCUGGCGCUCACUUUCAAGAGGCCAGUGAUCGGUGUUCAUAACCGCACUACCGGCAUCAUAUUCGAUGUUGUCGAGUGUCUCGUCCAACGCAAUUUUGGAUAUGCCACGAGCGACGUUCGCGCGGCGUACAAGAUCGUCAAGGAAAAGCUAUACAACCCUCAGUACACCAAGGUGGUGUUCAUUCUGCACUCCCAGGGCGGGAUCGAAGGUGGCUUGGUUCUCGACUGGCUCUUGCAAGAGCUACCGCACAAUCUCCUAGCCAAGCUCGAGGUCUACACCUUCGGGAACGCAUCCAACCAUUUUAACAAUCCGCACCGAGAUCUCGGCUCCUACCACACGGAAAGGGACCAUGCUAGGAUGGGCACCCAACUCGGUGCUACAAUUAUGGAAGUUCCGCUUACUCACUCGCCAAGUGAGACCCGGCCGCCGUCGUUGAAGAGGCAGCGCUCAAGUGCUAGCACUUAUUCGUCUUUCGAGGCAGACGGACACUUUGCGACCCUGACCAACGGGAUAAGUAAACGCGCGACGUAUUACACCGCUCAAGCAUCCGAGCGUGCGCUUGCGCACGUCGAGCAUUACGCCCACACGACCGAUUUUGUUGCUUUGUGGGGAAUUUUGCAUUUCGUAACAAACGAGCGGGCAUCCCCGGAAAUGCCUCGCUACAUCGGCCGCGUGUUCAGUCGGACUUCGUCACGCGGUGGACAUCAGUUUUGUCAACAUUAUCUUAAUGGCAUGUUUCCGCUCGAGCGGGAUUCCAAGGGAGAAUUCGUCGGCUGCGCCGAGAGUAAUGACUUCAUGGACAGCGUUAUAGAGGUGGCUGAAAAAGGCUCGGCCAAGGGCGCCCUCCGCGAGAGGUUCGAAUAUAGCUGGUCGAUGCUUGAGAUCGCUGCGCGACAAGGAAGCGACGUCAAUGACCCCGUGGAAAUUCACGGAAGCAUAUACGAAGGGAAGGUCGGGAUCAACAGCGGAAAGGUGAGAGUCAAGGACUUGAGCCGGUUGUGGCAGUAUAGGAACGGGAGGAGCCCGCCGGAUGUGCCAAAGGAACCUUGGAGAAGAAUAACGCUGCAUUAA